GCAGGCCGUCCCUGACCAGACAAGGCCCAUCGCGUGUCGUCGUUCGUCGUUUCCGUUCCGUCCAUCCAGUGUGUUUUAAGGUCUUGGGUUCCCCUCAUGUAGCUCGUCAUCUUUUCUCUUCAUUCUCCAGUUUCACAUUAUUCACAUUCAGUUUACAGGAUUUUACGCUCGCGUUCAAUACAUUCUCACCGUGUUAGUCACUACUGUCUCACUUCCAGAACCGACGGCUUCGGUUUUCAGCCUUACAUCACGUACCGUGCCUUCUGAACUGUUCCAAUAGCAGCCCCGGGAUUGUCACCUGGGUGCUCGCCUUCGCCCUCAAUCUUCCUUACUUGUAUCCCUCUUUUAGGUCAUCCAUAGCUCUACUACACCAUGCUAGCGGCAACACGCAUCUGGACAAGUGAACGGCUUGUUCAGUCUCGCACUGGCACAGCGAAUGUUCUACGUUCUACCGUUUCGUUACAAUCGAAAUGCGAGCAAUGCAGAUACUAUUCCCCCGCCGUGUCAUCUUCGACCUCUUCUGAAUUCCGAAAUGGACGUCGACGUGGUUCAGUCAGGUUCCAGCAACCCACAUCGUUGAGUCGCAGCAUUUCUUGGGACACCAAGUCCAAAGCUUCUGCCAAGAAGGCUGCAAAAGGCUUCAAUCGAUCUGUCGAUUCUUCAAAGUUUACUACCAUUGAUCAAGUAGCGGCCUGGGCGGGUGACUUAUUUGGUAUGCGACCAGGAGCGAAUAUCGAAGAUGUGGAGCGAAGUGCUAUUGAGCACUUGUUUCGAGGCGAUAGCAAGGCCAACAUUCGCAAGGCUACUUUGACCAAUGCUCACCACUUCAGCCGCGCAAGUGCAAGUGCGGCAAGCUCGAAAGAUUCUCUCUUCUCUGCUGUUCACGGACAAGAUGCUACUUUCAUUGAUCCUAUAACAAACCGUCGGGUGUCAAAGUCUACAACGGCCGGAACAGAAGCUCGAUACGAUGCCCAGCGAGACUACAAGCCGACUGACUUCGUUGAUGUGUCUGUAGAGGCCGACUCGGCUCCCAAGUAUAACGACUUGGACAAGUACAAGCCUACCAUCGAUACUGAGACGAGGCAGCCAGAUCAACCCAAGUACGACGAUCUUGACAAGUAUGAACCAGUAAUAGAUGAGAGAUCUCAAGAGAAGUCUACCGAAUACGAUGAUUUGGACAAAUAUGGCCCUGUCAAGUACAAUGAGCCUGAUGGAAAGCGACCUACUACGGCCGAAGAGGAUUCUAAGCAGUACAAAGAUCUUGACAAGUACUCCUCUGCGAACCUGGAUGACCCUCUAGCCAAACGUCAAUUGACCACUGAAGAGAAAUCCAAGGUCUAUGAUGAUUUGGAUCAGUACAAGCCCGUUUACCACAACGAGCCUGAUGGCAAAAGACCACAGACUGCUGAGGAACUGUCCAAGAACUACGACGAUCUGCAUAUGUACAACAAGGGUGUGUAUUGGAAUGAGCCCGAUGGCCUGCGCGAGCCCACGCCAGAGGAGCUUUCCAAGAACUACAAAGACCUUCAUAUGUAUGGGCCAGUUGCAUGGAAUGAGCCCGACGGUCUGCGUCGUCUGACACCCGAGGAGGAAUCCAAGCAGUACAAGGAUCUGGAUCAAUACGCAGAUCCUUUUGAAGCCAGUCAGUCGGUUUUGAAGGCCCAUGAGAAGGCGCAGAUGGAUCGUACUAUGCGAGGCAAGCCCUUAGCCCCGAAGGUCGAUGCUCCCGUCGAGGACUUUGCAAGCAAGUAUGAUGACCUUCACAAGUAUGGUCCAUACCACUGGAACGAGCCCGAUGGUCUCAGAGAGCCUACCCCAGAGGAGCUGUCCAAGAACUAUGACGACCUUCAUUUAUACGGUGGUGUCUUUAAGUGGAAUGAGCCUGAUGGCUUGCGACCCCUGACGGCAGAGGAGAAGUCAAAGCGUUACACAGACGUUCAUAAGUACGCUGCUCGUGACUUGUCACCGCCUGUCGAGCGAGUACAUCCCGAAGAGGCUUCCAAGGUGUACAAUGAUCUCCCCGCCUACCGCAAAUUCGAGAAUGCGGAUGACCCAGCACCACGUACCCACCCCGAAGUUGCUUCGAAGAAGUAUAACGAUUUGGGUGCGUAUAACUCUUUCGAGAACGGCGACCCCCAGACGGAGCGUGUUCACCCGGAAGUAGCAUCAAAGCAGUACAGGGAUCUACACAAAUAUCCAUCAGCUGGCUUUGACGACAUCAUUCAGGCGGUGCACCCUGAGGUGUUGAGCAAGAAUUACACAGAUCUUGGCAGUUACAGGCAUUCGGACUUUGCUUCCCAGGCUCAGGGCUAUCCUGUUCAGCCCGAGGAAGCCUCCAAGGUCUUCCAGGACCUACGCAAGUACACAGGAGUUCGUCCCAACGAACCCACCGGCAAGAUGUCGGUCCCUCUGGAUGAAGUCGCCCGCGGCCUCCGAGAGUUCGAUUCCAAGGCAGGUUCCCAAGAUUCCCCGGACUCAGCAUUAUAUACUUAUUCUCGAUCCCCGAACAGGUCUUCUCCCGGCUCUACGGAAACUAAUAUGGACACCUCCAGCCCUGAAAGUGCCGAUGUCAUCCGAGCUGCGGUCCUUCGCAGAGCUCAAGAAAGUAGUCAACGAGCCAAGAACCAAGAUCUGUCUGGCAAUAAAGGUCAGCAGGUCAAGACGGCACAUGCUUCCGAACUUACGGGGAACUAUGUACGAGACUUUCCUGAGGAUUUUGCCAGGUCCUGGAGCAGGGACAAUUCAUCGUCCAAGUCGGUACUGCUUCCCAAUAACAUUUCAGGAACAUCAUCCGUGAAAGAAAGCUUAAGCUCUAUGGAAGAUGUCGAGCCCGGAUCUAUGGACGAGAGCUUUCCUGUGGAUGACACAAGAUUAAAAACGGCACUAGAUCGCUAUGCGGCCAAGAGAAUUAAGGAUCUGUAUUCGCACGAGCCUCAGGGUCUGCAGACAAGUUAUUCCGAAGAGUGUGGGCGCCCAACGAUGCCUAUCAUGGAGAAACAUUACACACCUGAAGCUAAAGAGUCUACGACAAAGACAUCAGAGAUGCCCAACAUGGCCUCAUACAAAAUUGUCGCUUUUGACCCAGUUUCGAGGGUGAUGAGCGUGGCCGAAGCCAAUUCCGCAGUCGGCGCUAGUGACAGGCCAAUGCCUAUUCCUGAUGCUCUUGUCAAGCUGGUGGACCCUGCCAAGUUUCUACCUUACUUCAAAUCACUUCAGGAGGAAGGCUACGAAGUAGUGUCGGGCAGCGGGCAGAUGUUGAUCUUUCGCAAAAUGCAGUCAGCCGAUGAAAUGGUUAGUCAGGGUGGAAACUCUCCCACCUCUGACAGCAUUUACAGGAUUUGGACUGACAGUCAUUGCAAAAGAUCUAAGCGGUUCUCAGCUCGGCGAUGGACGAAUUCUAAGACGAAGAAGUCGACCAAGAAGAGAAGCAUUGGGCGCAAGAUUCUGGUGGGAACUGGUGUAGUUGCAGGUUCGGUUUAUGCGGCGGCCUUUUUGACGAAGUCUUCAAGUAUUAGGAAUUCUGAUGUGAAGCCGCAGAACUAGAGGAUACGGGAUACGGAAUUGGCUCGGACGACACUGCCUAUAUGUUGAAGGAUGGGAGUUUUGCAAAGGUUCACUUUUAAGGUAUAUGGUGAGAAAUUUCCUUGGAGUUUUGUAUUGGGAUUGCAGCGAUUGGUCAGCCAUCCCAAGCGUUUAUGAUAUGAUAGCCUGUUUUCUUUGUUGGAAGUUUACGUGGGACGCAUUCAGCGGAGCAUGAUAACACGGAGCUACGGAGUCAAGAUACCUCGGCACAUCAAUUUGCAUCAUUCGAUAGCCACGAUUACAAUGACAUUCGUUUAUUACAAGUUAUUAAGCAAUCGUGUUCAUUCUUGGGCUGUUCCUCUUGGUAGCCAAUCUGUAGUGUACAAUGUCCGUGACCUUUUUGCAUCCUUGUGUUUUCCAUGCCCAUUCCAUUAAUCGUUCCGUACAAUUACAAUUUCCCUUUUGUCCUUAUUUUGUCAUUAUUGAUCUAAGAGCCCUCUCGCUCUGUAAACCCAGGACCUGUAGCGACCUGCCCAAUCUUGUUCAUGUGCAUCUCAUGCUUCUGCUCCUCUGGACUCCAGCUCUGUCGUCGCUGGAUCGAGGGCGUCCAGCUAUUCGUGUGGCGCAUGCAUCGGUCGGCGCCGGCUUGGGCGGAUGGAGAAGUUGGAGCUGCAGAUGACGAAGUCAGCUUGUGCAGAAUUGGAAGCGUGUAGCUGUGCUGUGUACCUUCUGAGGGAGGGGUUGUGUGGGAUGUUGAGAUUGCUGUUGGUUGGCGAUCCAUUGUGAGUGAUGGUAUUAUAUUGAAGAAUUGGGUUGUAGGUUUGAUGUUGUGAUGGCGAUGAGGUGAAUGUUGAUAUAGAGGUUUGUUGGUAUGUGAGUUGCUGUAGCUUCAAUCAGUAUGUCUUAUAUCCCAAACCUUCAGUGCACUUACCCUCAAUAACAAUAACGUCAAUCGAUAGCUCAAGUUAUGGUAGUCAAGUUUAACUUUCUUACUUGCAGCUUCCUUUGAAUCAGGACCUCGUUGUCAUAUUUAUACACGUUUUCUUCCCGGAAGCAUAAUUAUAUCAUAAGAGAACCCCCUCUUCAGCUCGACCCCUACAAGCGUGAUUCCUAGCAUUCAUUUGGUGACUGAUUGGACCCAAGCGUUGAUGAUUGGGGAUACGGAUGUAGAUGAUUGGAUGUGGCGAAUUGAAUGGCCUGAUACAUAAAGUGACGCUGAGGCGUGAUUAUCUCGGGCUUUUAGAGUUUGCACUCUCCGUGAUGGACGAGAUCGGACCUCGGGAUUUGGGGUGUCGUGUGAUGGUGGAUAUAAUGCUGUGAUAAUAACAAUCAAUGCGGUGAUAAGCGAUCAAUGCAGUGCGUCACAGAUAUACCACUGUGAUUUAUAAGUAUUCUUGGGUUGUAUCAUUGAAUAUGCACCUGUCUUUAUUCGGCAAUGUUUCUACAGGUUGAUCUGCCCGGGUAAAGAGAGAAAUUGAGGUUUGGAGUUACAUCAAAUGCAUGUGGCAUUCUCCGGGGUACCCCAAUGUAAUGUGCCCCAGGUUAAAGGGCUACAGGCCUCGUUCGUUGGUGGAAUCAUGCACGUAAGAGUCGAGACUCUCAAUUGACCUCGUGAUGCUCAUCAGAUCAUCCACCAACUAUAUGACCUUCUCACAUAAGCAACCAAUCGUCGUAAUUCAACAGGUUAAUUGGUGAUAUUCCAUUGCUUUGCUCUCAUACAACAUACCAUACACACAUUAAAAACAGGUACAAGAAUACGCUACCCCAAACCCUUUCCUUUCUAUAUGCUCAACAAGGCAUAUCUCGGUCCCUUUUUUGUUAAGCCCUUCCAACUCCAUCAUGCAGAAAUAAAAUAAACUAAGACGCCGAUGCUAUGCAGUUUGCGAAACAUGAGAGCCGUCAUGGACAAGAAAUGUAAAAAUAAAACAUGGAAAUGAUAAAGGGGGUAUACAGCAAAAACACAGACAUCCACCGUUGAACAGGAAACUUUGAGAUUCAUGUAGUCAUCUCUCGGAGCGAAGAAUCGUAUGUACGUGGAAAGACGGGUGGAUCAAGGAGUCUUGGGACGCUUCCAGUAGUAUUGCUAUUAUACAGCGUAAGUUUGAGUGCAUAUUGUAAAGUCAAGAAUAUUACAAACCUUGUGUUGCUUGCGACAAGCGCGGAGACUGGGCUUGCGAAGACCAUCGACGACUGCGGCGCGACGUUGCUGGUCAUCAUCUUCCUCCGGCACGUAGUAGUACUCGCUCUCGAGGGGCUUGCCAGCUGCAUCCUUGCCCUGACGCUUGAUGAUACCAAUGCAGGGUGUACUCUCGAUAACAUCGCGAAGAUCGUCCUUGGAAAUGUCUCGCUUCUCCUCGGAGGGGAGGUGGGCCAUGAUGGUGGACAGAGGAGUCGAAGACAAACGCGAGAAAGCGAGCUGGUUGAUGACAUGGUUACCAACAGCAGGGUGGGACUCAAAGGACAUCCUGAAGAUCUCCGGAGUCGGAGAAGACAUUCGAGGAGGAGACGAGAGUGGAGACUCGGUUCUGGCCUGCUGCUUGCGAGGAGACUGAGGAGGAGCAGGAAUCUGACGAGGAGCGAACAGAUCGGAAGCAAUAGCGCUGUGGAGAGGGUUGGCACGUUUGACACCCUUGAACACCUUGGGAGACUUUGUCGUUAUCGAAGCCAACCGGCAGGAAAUGUCGGCGCCAAAAGGCCCGAAAGAGUGCACGAUAGGAUCAUUCUCCUCAUCAGGGUUGUUGUCCUCACCAUCACUGAUCUCACUGCUGAAGCUGGCAGUCACAUCGGUGCACAUGCUGACAUUGAUGUUAGUAGGAUCAUGCCUGUGCUGAGGGAGCUCAGGCUCAGCAUCGUCUUCGUAGAUUUCAAUGUCACGCUGUCCGGGGAGCAGAGCCUGGAGGCGGCGGGAGCUAGAGAGACUAGCAGGCGUGGGGCUCUCGGGAGAAGCAAUACGAGAAGCGCGACGAGGAGGGGAAGACUGGAGAAUGGCCUGGGCACGAGCCUGGCAGGGAGGAGAAUCCCAAGUGGUGUCGGAGAGAUGAUCAAGAGCCCGCUUGGGCCAUUGGACGAGAACACGCGAGUUUUGCACAUCGAUUAUGAUCUCGGAGCCCUCUGUUUCACUGGUGAAGCUAUCGCCCUUGUACAGCUCCCAAGUACGACCCUGGCUAUGCAACUUGAGACCAUUCCAGCCAUUGCAGACGAUUUCAAUCUUGCUGGGCUCAAGCGGGCUCGCAGCAGCGACGAAGCGAGCCUUUACGUGGACGCGGGAGACGAGGCGGUCAGCGGAGAUCUGGUAGUGUGACGAGUUUGACGAUCGGCCCAUGAUGAGGGUCUCGCCGUUUUCCGAGAGUUCGACAGCGGGGACGGCAGCGAGCGGGGCACGCUCGGAAGCGGUAGCGGACCGUUGAGGCGGGGAACUCGAGAGGAUACCUGUACUUGACGUAGGGACAGGAGUAGGAUAUUUGAGGUGAGCUCGGGAUGAGGAACGGCCAGAACCGAGAUUUUGUCGCUUCACGGGUCGAGGGAGGUUUGGAGAUGAUGAGAGCGGCUCAAAGGGCGGGAGUAGACUCGGCGCUGAACGCUUGGAGCCGGCGAGGGAGUAGGGCUUCAUUGUUGGUAGUGUUGGUUCGGCGGAGGAGCCUUUUCGAGGUGAUGAGCCCAAAGAGUCCAUUUUUGCGGUUUUUGGUCCUUCUGUAGGAGUUGUAUCCGGUUCGUGGUGUUGUAGAUCGAGGAUCGAGGCCGGACUGGAUCGCGUCCAGAGACGAAGGAGACGAGACCAGGUAACACGCGUAAAGUGCAAACUUCAAACUCGCUCAGAAUUCGAAAUCAAGAUCGAAUCUUUCUUUUCCCUCCAAUUUUCUUCCUUAUCCUUCUUAAUGUCUCGCCAACAGGCGUCGUGGUAGAAGAACGAUGACGACACGAAAGGCGGUCUCUCUCUUUAAGAAGUAUACUUCCUUUUUUUAAAUCAUAGGGUAAUAAAAGAAUGAAUCAGACAAAUCAUCGGUCUCAAAGAACUCGACCAAGCGUGAAACCUUUUUUUGUAUGUAGGAAGUAGAGCGUGCAGGUGGUGGUGAGAUUGUAAGAAAGGCUCUCGUGUU